AUGGAACUAAUAGGGACGUUCGUAAGUGCAAUUAUAUUGUUAACUAUCCUAUCUUUAAUUAGAAAUUAUUAUUUUCCACGAUAUAGUAAGCCUCAUUUAAGGUAUAAAUUAACUUCAAUGAACCAGUGGAUUGUAAAGCAUUGCUCUAAAUUAAAUCAAUUAUACAAGCCUCCAUUUUAUUCAGUCAAUGGUCAUUUACAAACUUGGCUCGCAACUCAAUGGCCUAAAAGCCCAAAGUCCAUGAACAUUCGAAACCAAAGUCAAAUUAUUGAUACGCUAUACUACGAACAUAUCGUAUUAGAUUGGUUCUGGAUAGAAUACCAUAAACAAACAAAAUUAACUAAUACACAACUUAAUGAUCACAGAAUUUUAACAUCAAACCAUCAAAAAAGAAUUCUACUAGAGGAAUCGUUAUCCGUCUCUCACAUUAUUGUUAUCAUACCUGGUUGGUUGACUACCAUGACAUCAUCUCAUGUUACUUCAUUAAGCAUUGAAAUGGUAAAUUAUUUUCAACAAUUUGAUAAAACCCAAAAAAAUAACUGUGGCAAUGGAUUUAAAUGUGUUGUUAUCAACCCACCGACUGGUCUACUCCAAUCACAGCAAUCCCAUCAAAAUCAACACCAAAAUGCUAAUCAUAAUUCAUUUUUAGUUAAUGGUGAUGGUACUCGAUCAAAUUAUACUUGGAAUCAAGAUAGUCAGUAUCAAUUACCAACAAGCCAACAAUAUUCACGCCAUCUUCAUGAAGUUUUACGUCAUAUACGUAAUAAAUAUCCAAACGCUUACAUCUCUGCGGUCUCUAUCUCACUUGGAUAUAGUCUACUGCUAUCGUACUUAAGUGAUAUUGGCGCCUCAACAUUGAUUUCAGCGGCGGUAUGUAUAUCACCAAGUUAUGAUUUAGAAGAAGUCUUAACUAAUUUAGCAUCCAACUUACCGUAUGAUAUUCUUUUACGCCAUAACAUUAAAAGAUCUAUAGUAAAUAAUCAUCGUAAAGUUCGGCAACAAUUGAAUCAUCAAUUGCAAUCGUCUGCAACUCAGAUUGAUGAGAAUAGUAAAUAUUAUAAUAAAACCUUAAACCUAAAUCCCGAUUUUCAAUUUGAUAAAUAUACAAAUGGUAACUACUAUCAUCAGGAAAAGCAAGGCAAUAAUGGUAAAAACCAAGAAACAAAACCGCUUAGAUCUAAGACGAUACCUACAUUAUUAAAAUGUAAGACAGUUCGAGAGGUAUAUUGCCAUCUAUACGGUAUACCAUUGAAUCAUGAUUAUGAAAAUCAGAGUGAACCCCAUGAUACAUUGCAAUCGAACGAUAAAAACUGUUGGGAAUUUAUCAAUCCAAUGUCCGAUAUCGAUGAGAUAUGCAUACCAGUAUUAUGCCUUAAUGCAAAGGACGAUCCGAUUACAGAUUGCAAACUGAUUCCGAAUACGUUAUUUGAUCAGCAUCCAACAUUUAUAUCUGCAAUAACAAAAUACGGUGGUCAUGCUGGUUUCUUAACGGAAAGUCAAAUGCGUUCUUGGUCUAGUCAGGUUGCAGUUGAAUUCAUUAUUACGGUACAAAAUUAUAAUAUUAAGCUAUUGUACGGAUCAAGAAAUGACCAGGAUAGUGAAAACGAUAGCUCAAACCUGAUUUGA